AUGGACAGCGACGCAGAUAAGGAGGCCAUUGCCUCCUCUGGCUCAAAUCCCUCGACUCCAAAUACACUCCCACCCAAAGUCCAACAACCCAAACCACAAGUCCUCGCCAACCGAUCUGGUCCCUCCUCGAUUCUCGUCUCCACGCGCCAGAAAGGAAACCCAAUCCUGAGCCACAUCAAACUCCUGCCCUGGGAAUAUGCCGAUAUUCCUGCCGACUAUGUGGUCGGCGCGACAACCUGUGCCUUGUUCCUCUCUCUGAAAUACCACCGUCUGCACCCCGAGUACGUAUACUCCCGGGUGCGGCUGCUGGCUGGGAAGUACCAGCUCCGACUGCUUCUGAUUAUGGUCGACAUCCCCAAUCACGAAGACAGCCUUAAGGAAUUGUCUAAGACAUCAAUUAUCAAUAAUCUCACGCUGAUGCUUUGCUGGUCAGCCCCGGAAGCCGCGCAUUACCUGGAGCUAUUCAAGUCCUCAGAAAAUGCACAGCCGACUGCUAUCCGCACCCAGCAAGCACAGUCCUACAAAGAGUCUCUCGUGGAAUUUGUCACUACCCCGAGAAGUAUUAACAAAUCCGACGCGGCGAGUUUGAUCUCUACCUUUGGCAGUUUGCAGAAUGCCGUCAAUGCACAGCCGGAGCAGAUCAGUGCUGUGCCGGGAUGGGGAGAAAAGAAGGUCCAGCAAUGGUGUAGUGCAGUCAGAGAAGACUUCCGAACAGAGACGGCGAAGAGAUCGACGACACCAAAGACAAGGAUACCCGCUCGACCCUCUCGGCUUGUGGAGGAAUCACGGGGAGGGGAUGUGUAUGAUGAGGAUGAAGAAAUGCUCCGUGCAGUCUUAGAGGAGAGUCGCAAAACCGCUGCAGCAGAAGCAGCUGCUAAGGCUACUGGUGCUGAGAAGGAAGCACAGCAACCCGAGGAAAUGAGCGAGGGCAUCACGGCAGCACUGGCGAAACUUCGAGAAGGUGGUGGCUGA